AGUUGAUACGCGACACAGCGAACGCAUCUCAAAUUGGUUACGUCAAUUAAGCUGUGUUUGCAUUAUAUUUGCUCCACAUUGAACAUCUAUUGUUAACACGUUCAACUUUAACUACUCGCGCUGCAGUUCGAGCAAGUGUUAACAAUCGGGUAGGCCAUGGUGGCGGUGUGGCAUUUUGGGGUGUUUUAACAUAAGUUUUUGUCUUUGUUGUGGUCAGACAGCUGUUCUAACCCUGAAGGAUAUUUAGAAGUAAACAAAAUAUUACUACAUAAAAUAUUCAGAGGCAAAUAUAACACAUCAGACAUUGAAAGAGUUGUUAAUAAUAAUGACAAGAAGAGGUUUAAACUGCGAAGGAACCUGUCUACCAAUUGUCUAGAGAUCAAAGCAAACCAAGGACACACUAUUAGUGAAGUUACUGACGCUGACCUUACACCCAUCACUCAGCCCAAAUACGGCACUGUGAUUCAUGGCACAUAUUUAAAAUGCUGGCCUGCAAUAAAAAAUGAAGGCUUGAGUCGUAUGAAACGGAAGCACAUACAUUUAGCAAAAGGUACAUUAGAUGAUGCUUCCGUGAUAAGUGGCCUGCGGCGGGACACUGAAGUCCACAUAUACAUAAAUCUCUCCCGGGCACUCGCAGAUGGUAUUUCAUUCUUUGAGUCAGAAAAUGGUGUCAUCCUAACCAGUGGUAAUAAGCAAGGAUAUUUAGAACCUAAAUACUUUGAGAAAGCCAUAAAUAUUAGAACUGGUGAGUCCCUGUACCCAUGAGCCAUGGACAGAGCCGGGCAGGUGUCCACCUCGACCGCGUCGUCGUCGACGGGCGCGGGCGCGCGGAACACGGCGCGGCGCCGCCCGCCGGUGUCUGACAUGCCCGACGCCCACCCUCACACACCCUCCUCACGCAGGAUUCUCGUCUCUGGUUACCCGAACUACACACAGCCGCAAGAUAUACUUGACGUUUUUGCAAAAUUUGGCAAUGUGAGGAUAGAUAAAUACAACAGUUGGUCUGCCACUCUCACAUACUCCAAUGAAGACGAAGUGAGAACAGCUUUGAGUGCGAACAAGCGACUGCAUGUGUACGGCCACUUCCUGGCAGUGAAGCCGUACGCUACAAAGUCUGAUGACAGCCGACCGCUACAUCAACCACCCACGCCGAAGCGCGAGUUUCCGCUUAGCAAAAAGAAAGGAGUCAUAUUGGAGCCCAAAAAGAUCGACCUGACGGGUGACUUCCACACACAGCUGGACAACAUCCUAUUUGCUGUGAGGCUCAAGAUGGAAGAAGUACAAUCUCUCAGCUUAUUGUAUUCCGACCUCGAGUUAGCUUUGCAAGCACACUGGCCAGGUUGCAAAGCAAUACCAUUCGGCUCGAUAACGACUGGACUGGGAAUAAGAACGAGCGACGCGGACUGCUUCAUUAACAUCCCGGGCCAGUUCCGCAUGCCCACCGGCAACUACGUGAACAAAGCCAAGCGCGUGCUGCAGCAGUACCCCGGCACCUUCGCAGAGAUCCUCGCCAUCCCGCGCGCCAACACGCCCAUCGUGAAGCUGUACCACAUCCCCACGCAGACCAACUGCGACGUGACGUUCAAGUCCCCGCUGGGCGCGCAGAACAGUCGGCUCCUGGCGCUGCUGCUGCACGCCGACGCGCGCCUGCUGCCGCUGGCCGUGCUGCUGAAGUACUGGGCCAAGGCCCACGAGCUCACCGGCACCGGCAAGCUCACCAACUACGCGCUCAUACUGCUGCUGGUCUUCUACCUGCAGCAGGCGCCGGCCGUGCUGCCCGCCGUGGCCUGGCUGCAGCGCGACCCGCAGCACGCCUACAUGGUGGACCACUGGAACACCGGCUUCAACGCCGACCCCGCGCAGUUUCCCCCCACCGUCAACACUUCUUCCAUCUCCGAGCUGCUGGGUGGGUUCUUCGAGUAUUACUCCAUUUUCAAUUUCGACGAGAUGAUCGUUUGCCCGUACCUCGGCGUUCCCAUCAAAAGAGAGAUAUUCAAAGACACGGCCAAUAUGCCGAAGGAAUUCGACCUGUACAAGAACAAUGUGUUAAACAACUACGUCAUGCCGAUGAGGUAUCAGACUGCGAUGGUCGUGCAGGACCCUUUCGAACAAUGCCAUAAUGUGGCUUCCACGAUCACCAGCAAAUUAGCUCUGGAUAUCAAAACUUACUUCAAAUUUUGUGCUAACGCGUAUGAGAAGGAAAAAACAAAUGGAUGUCAAGAAUUUCUUAAAAUUAUCCUAUUGCAGAAACCUAAACUGAUACGUGGAAAAACGCACCCCGAAUACAGAGUUAAUUUGUUCCCUAGGAUCGUAAAUACCAUAAUUAGCUUUGACUGGAAGUCUGUAGUGAGAGACAUGGUGAUGGAGAUAUUUGAGAACAUGUUAAAGAUCAAGCUCGGCAAGGUCGAGGAGAAAGUGAACCCCGAUACUAAGAAGGAAAAAGAGAAAUACAGCGGCGCUUUGACUAAACCCAUAUGGAAGAGGAAAUCUUUCUCCAGGCUCUACAACCAAAUGGAUUUGACAUUAGAGGAGAGACAAGGAAGGAUCACACAAGAAGUGAUUAAUGUAGAAAAACAGGACAUUAAUGUUCAGUUCCAGUUGACCAUGACUUACUGUCAUGAGCCCAAAAGCGCCGUCAUCUCUAUAAGACUCGGAUCUGGGGAUCUCGACGCAUUCAGAGAAUUUGGCAAGUUCUUUAUAUCAGUGACGCAGAAUUGGGUAACCGAGUUACUGAAACCUUUCUCGAUGCCCAAUUGCAAGGACACUGCUACCAAAAUAGCUGAAACUUUAGAAGCCAACAACCAUACUAGUGAAAUUGAUUCCGACGACGAUGAGGAGGAAAUCUUAAUCCUGCCGAAGUCACAUCGAAUUGCUCAACCUAUUGAGCCAAACGCUGCAGAAACAACAACUAGCAGUACAGCUGUAUCGUCGAGCCCAACGGCGCAAAGUGUCAUGGAUAUAUUAACAGAUAGAACCCAAAACACUCUGACAAUUAACACCGGAUCUUACCCUCAAAGUAACGAAACCUUAAAAAAUAAUUGUAAUGAAACAACAGCAAGGAACACAACUGACAUGGUCAUCAACAAUACAGACGAUACCUCUAUUAAAGGGGUAGAUAUUUUGAAGAAUAACACAGAAGAAAAUUCGACUAGAAAUACAGGAAAUUGUGAUAAAAAAAACGUAACGUUGACAAAAAAUGUAGAAAAUUUCUUUAAAAAUGCUGAAAGUUUAGUAACUAGCGAGGCGGGCGCCAGCAACAAGGCCGCGGCCGCGCCGGUAGCCGCCGGCAGCGACGUGAGCGUCGCCUGCGCGCUAAAGUGACACAGAGACUAUGUUCUGUUUUGAGACAUUAAGCUUUUAUUUACUUAGUGUAAAAAUCGUUCUAUCAAUAGACAUAGUGAAUACAAAUUUAUUUUAAUAUUAAGCUAAGUCACUUACGAUUUAUUUUUAUGCGGUUUGUAGAAAUUUUAAUUUCAACUAAAA